UGUGGUUCCCAUUAUUAGAUGCCCUCAUGUUUCCACAGAGAAGAAUUAAAGAUAUAGACAACAAGGAUAUUCUAUCAGAUUUCAAACAGCUGAUACAUCAUGUAUUAAAAAAUAUGAUGGGAUACAUAGCCCCACCUGCUAUACUUCAAAAAAUAAUGCAGGAUCCAGCAUACAAUACUGGAAAAUUUGGAGAAAUUAGAGAACUCAUUCUCGGAAUGCUCGAAACAUAUAAUUAUGAAAAGACCUUGAUGAUAACCUGUAAAAACCUACUCAACCAUGACAUCCAUGAUAUCCGUCUACAGCUGAGAAGUUUGACAAAUGCUGCAAUGAAGGGAUAUAUCCUACGUGGAGAUCAGUGUAAAAUAUGUGAAGAAAUCAUGAAUCAGCCAGAUAUAGAACUUGUCAUGGUCUUCAGAUGUAGCCAUAUCUAUCAUAGUUCCUGCCUGCAAGCUAUAGGAUCUGUCCAUUGUAUAGUUGGGGAGGAUACCUAUGUCUGUUACCUGUGUAGCCAUACCAAACGUGGUCAGACACAGUGCUCACGAUUUCAUAGAUAUCUUUCAAACCCACAGACAGCGCAGAUGUUGGGUCUCAAAACAGAAAAAGCUAAGGAGCUGGGAAUACUGACAGAAAAUGCAAAAUCAGAAUCAUCAGCAAGAACGAGCCGCACAACCUCGUGUAUUUUCCAACAGGAACAAUUUCAACUUAACGUGGCAGCACCAAGAAUAUUUGACUAGAAUCAUUAAUGACAAGGAUAGAGGAUGCAACUAUUGCAACUGCUUCUGUAUUAUUGAAAAGUUGCCGAAGAGUUGUGAUGAAAAAAAAAGUUUUGUUGAAACUACAAACUUUUUACUGAAGUUGUACAGUCGAACUUUGUUCGCUCGAGCUUGGAUAACUUGAGCGCCACCCUUCGCCCAACUCAUCCCUACAAAAUUUCUGUAUAAUGUAUAUUGUCCCAAUGCUCAAAGUGCGGAGAACUCCAACUAAAUUUGCCUGUUCCGUUGAGUUCGAACAAACAAAGUUUAAGAGAGAAUGAGAAUUUGGCACGGCAACUAUUUUGUCAGUGUUUAGCGGUUAAGUGGCAUGGUAACUUCUCUGGAAGAACACGGCUACUUGGUAAAGAAGUCCUCAUUUUCAGAGAGGUGUUUGAGGUGUGUAGACUGCUUUAUAAAGGAAGCUGCUAUGGUGACAAGAUACUGUCAGGAUAGUAACAUCUGUUAAGACGUGAAGUAGAGGUAGAUGUGGGGAAAGCUAGACUAAAGUAAUACGAUAACAACAAGUUUUGAAAAUUGGUUGUAAUUGUGAAUAUUUUAUAUAAAUAGGCUAGUGCAAUACAAAGUAAUAUGCUAUAUACAUGUAUAUAAGAACAGUUUAGC